CCCGCCGUGCGGUCCUCUCCCCAAACCGUGCACGAGUGAACGAAUCACACAAAGACGAAACCGCGCCGAGCAGGACGAAAGUGCCCGCACGCGGAGCGCGACUUUUUGGCGCUCUUUGCAAGCAGCAGCAGGGGAGGCGGACGACAGGGUUGUAGGGGUGCACGCGGGAAUCAGGGGGAGCACUCGUCCCCUCGCCCCCCAUCCAUAAGAUCGGGGCUGAGCGCGACGCUCUAACGCAGGAACCUCGCUUUAAAAUGGCGGCAUUCGGUGGACACCCCUGCUAAAAGGCGCUCCCGCCAGCCGGGCCACCUCGCCCUGCCGCUGGCUCGGCUUGUGCCGCCCGCAGAUGGCAUGUGCCGCCGCCGCCGCCGCUGAUCGCUGCGCCCCCGAGCCGCCGGCUUCGCGCUGAGCAGCACAAGGUUCUGAAAAGUGCCUUUUCUGAAAACUCUGCUGCUUGGAUUCUACUCUAGAACUAUCUCUUUUCCAACCCCUCUUCCACACACCCUCCCCUGCUCCUCGUCCCCUACCAAACUGCUGUGCUUGUACUUGACUCUCAGCAACUUGUCCAUUUUUUCCCCUGUGAUUCUCAGUUGUCUUAGUCAUUUCCCCUCCCCUUAACUUCGAAGCAAACUGUUUUUUUAUUUUAAAUAACAUCCUGCCCAACUUUAUUCUUUAAAGCCACGAAAUAAGGAGAAAGACUUUUUCUUUCCCUGAUCGGAGACCAUUCCACAAAUUGAAGGGCAGCCAGCAGCAUAUGUUUUUCUGUAAGAAUAAUUGAAAACAUCAACUAGACAGCACAGAAUUCUUUUGAAAGUUUGCCAGUUAUUGGAAACAAAUUCAGGAAAGGAACAAAAUCCAACAUUCGAUAUCUUAACCUUUACAGUUUGCCUUCUUAAGAGUUGGUCUCUAAUUUGAUUUUUAGUUCUUGUGAUACAACCUUGAUUUCAUAAGUGACUUUUUUUGUUUGACUUGAUCAGAUUUGACUCAAAUCAAAACCUAAGUGCUAACAAAUCGACACUGCACCAAAGCAACCUGUUUUCUCUUUCACAUUUAGCUCAAGUUCAUUUGGACUCCUUUACCAAUCUGUAGUCAGACUGUCCCAAAGAGGGUGCACUGAAUUGUAAGUUUGCUUUCAAUAUGACGGCUGUCAAUGUUGCCCUGAUUCGUGAUACCAAAUGGCUGACUUUAGAAGUCUGUAGAGAAUUUCAGAGAGGAACUUGCUCUCGAGCUGACGCCGAGUGCAGGUUUGCCCAUCCGCCAAGAGUUUGCCACGUGGAAAAUGGCCGUGUGGUGGCUUGUUUUGAUUCUCUAAAGGGUCGUUGCAUUCGAGAGAACUGCAAGUACCUUCACCCUCCUCCCCACUUAAAAACCCAGCUAGAAAUUAAUGGGAGAAACAAUCUGAUUCAACAGAAGACAGCCGCCGCCAUGUUUGCCCAACAGAUGCAGCUCAUGCUCCAAAACGCUCAAAUGUCAUCCCUUACUUCUUUUCCUAUGAAUCCAUCACUUGCAGCUAAUUCAGCAAUGGCUUUCAAUCCGUACGUACCUCAUCCUGGGAUGAGCCUCGUUCCUGCUGAACUGUUACCAAAUACACCUGUUCUGAUUGCUGGAAAUCCAGGUCUUGCAAUGUCAGGAGUUACUACCCACAAACCAAUGCGUUCGGAUAAAUUGGAGGUUUGCCGUGAGUUUCAGCGUGGAAAUUGUACUCGUGGGGAGAGUGAGUGUCGCUAUGCACACCCCCCAGAUGCUUCCAUGAUUGACGUGACCGAUAACACUGUGACAAUCUGCAUGGAUUACAUUAAAGGUCGAUGCUCUCGUGAGAAGUGCAAGUACUUUCAUCCUCCUCCACACCUGCAAGCCAGACUCAAGGCAGCUCACUACCAGAUGAACCAUUCUGUUGCCAAUGCAAUGGCCCUACAGAAUGGUACACUUCAAAUGAUGCCAAAGAGAUCGGGCCUUGAUAAGACCAAUGGUGCCACCCCCAUGUUUAAUCCCAAUGUUUACCACUGCCAGCAGACUCUUAACAUGCAGUUCCCACAGCCGGCAUUUAUCCCCACAGGGCCCAUACUGUGCAUGGCACCCGCUUCAAAUUUUGUACCCAUGAUGCACGGUGCUACACCUACCACUGUGUCUCCAGCAACAACAUCUGCUACCAGCGUGCCCUACGUUGCACCAACUACAGGCAAUCAGAUGCCCCAAUUAUCACUAGAUGAACUGAAUAGCAGCAUGUUUGUUUCACAGAUGUAGAAGUUACCAGUAGAACUUUGAAAUUCUGAACAGCAGAGUUAUGGAGUAUCGGAAUCUUUCCAUGAGAGCAUCCAUAUGGCCUUUCUAUAUAUAUUCUCGCAUGUCUUCUUCCACCAACACAACAAUAAACAUGGUGCAGUCAAUAUAUUAAACAAAACACAUUAACCAGCCAAAAAAUUCAUAUCAAAAUAAGCAUUAAGGAUCAGUGGAGAUGUUAAAACAAAAUACCAGUACAAAAUCAGUAACUAUGGAUUCUCUUAUAUCAUAUAUAAAUGAGCAGAUAGAAUACAACCUUAAAAUUUUGUGAUUUUUUUUUUCCAAUUACUAAGUGAAUUUCCACAGUGGUCUUACCGUGUACUCAUGAUGGAUGUCUGUUUUUGAAGUGUUACCUUACUAUUUUGUUUACAGGAUAGUCUGUUGGGUUGAUCUAGAAAUAACAAACAUAUUCAGUAUCAUUUUCUUUAUUAUUACAUUGUAUUGGCUUGGAAUGUAUUUAGUUUUUAUAUAGUGUUUUGCUGUAUAUUGUGGUAUAUGAGUUCAACUAAAAUGUUAUUAGUUAAGAACAGAAGUAUAUGUACUUGAAAAUCAUGGAGGGUUCAUGUCAAUAUCCUUUCUUUACAAUAUUUCUGUAGGUUUCUUGGGACACACAUUUAAAAGGCUUCAUUUUGAGUGUGCAUAAAAGUUAUGUGUAUAAUUGUACUCUUAGAUCAAACUUUGCAGAGUUCCAUAAAGUUUCUAAAUUUUGGGCAAAGGAGAAAUGAUUACCUAUAAAGAGUAGGAAACUUAUUAAAACAUUAACCUCUAAUCACGCCUCUUAAAUAACUUGAAAAUUGAAUAUCCACUUUUUAAUGAAUUUCUCCCCAUUAGUUCUAAAAAAUUAUGUACUCAUGACCUUUUUUUUUGUAUCCCAAGAAUCCUAUUUUCUAAGUUGAGGAUCUAAAAUCAAGCCAUUAGUCAUCUUCAGCGGAGAAACUGGCAGUUGGUGGCUUAAAGGUAUGCUAAUUGCAGGCUUAAAAAAAUCAAACAGAAAGAUCCAGGCCUGGAGAUAGUUUUUACAUACUGGCAAAAAGUGGGUAAAUCCGUUGCAAUGUAACCUUCUAUACAAGUGACAUUUUCCAAAUGUAAAUGGCUCAUGCUCCUUAGAAUACUCUGUGAAUAAUAAGUAUGAUGCAAUCUAGGAAAAGUCAGUCUGGGUGAAAGAGAAUUAGUUCCAAUCGAGGCCUUUGGUCUCCAAAUGGACAAUCUUCUCCCUAUGAUCACUGAGGGAAUCUGAGCAUAAGUUUGAGAAAUGGGCCGGGGGGAGGGGCGCAGGGAGACAUUGAAAAUUACUCUUUGCUUUAUGCAAAAGAACUAGAAGAGAGGUGUGCAGUUGUCUUUAGAUUUAGUUUACCUGAGUUUCCAAUUUUGUUAAAGUCAUCAGUGAAGGAGCAAGUGCCUGUGAUUGAUGGCAAGCAUGUCCCUGCCUAGAUGUUAACAUUCACACACUUCUAAAAGCCUUACAUAUUUUUUUUGGUUUGGAUUCAUUUAUCUUUAUAUGAGUUUCACCACCAAGGUGAGCUGAAUCCUUAUUACGAAUUCUUAUGAAAUAAUCUUACCUGUGUCAAACAGCAAUCAAUUUCUGUAGCAUAUACCAUUCCUCCUUUGGUUUAUUCAGUUAUUAACAUUACUAUUAUUACAGUGGUAGAAACAUGUAGUUUGCAGCAACUAAGAUCAAUAUAAUAUUUUCUUCUAAAUAUAUAUUCUCCCAUUGGAAAGUAUAUAGUCACCAAAUUUGAGAUUAAGACAUAUAUACGUACACCUGAAUAUUCACAUAUAUAAAAAGAGUUGGUUAUUCUUAUUCGAAAAAUGACAAGAAAAAAAUCUUUAGGCUACCUUAAGCUAGCUGGUAGGUUGAAUUUAUAAACAGUGGUGUUGGCAAAGAUUUUUCACUGAUAAAACUGAGACCUAGAAGCCUCCAUAGCCAUUGGGGGACCCUAUCUUACUGAAGAACAUAGAUCAGUCUGGCUUAGAAUACAAAAGAGCAAAAUUCCCUCUGGUGGUUGGUAUCCUUCUGAUCUUAACUAUCAAAGCAAAUCUUUCUCUAUCAAUGAUUUAUAACCAGUCUUGCUUGUAUUGAGCCACACUGUCCUCUGUCGGUUAACAGUGUUUCCUAGAAUUCUGGAGUUGUCCUUUUUUUUUUUGCCUUGUAGAGUCCUUAAACCACUACCUUUCUAUGUCCUAUAAUCUUAACAUUUCUAGAGAAGUGGAGUAUGCCUUUUAACAAUGCCUUGUGUAUGGAACUGAGUUUUGAAUAAUCUGUGCCUGUGCCUCUCCAGGAAGGCAGAUUUGAUCACGUAAGUCCAGGAAGGCUUUACCGGAGCUAGACUGGAUCCGUUCCUGACUGGAGAUGAACAUGUUUUGGGGUUGGGUGUUUUUUUUGGUGCAAAAUGAACUUUUGUGUAAUUUGACAUUUUGAAGCAACAUACUAUCUCACUUAACUUUUUAAACUUUUGACAAAGAUGUAGAUAGAUGAUAAACCUAGAGUAUACCUUAGUGCUCUAAGCACUGGAAGACAUUAAUAAUGACUUAUUUUUAGGGAGAGUUUCAGUGAGGGACAUUCAGGGUAGUUGUAUUUUUGGUGCCACAAUUUUGUAGAUUGUUGGCAUUUUGAAAGUUACUGUGUAAAUGAUUAUAACGAAAGCAAGCUCAAAGCUAAAGUUUUGAUCAAAUUCAGGAGUUUUGAGGCAAGCGUAAUUUUAAGAUAGCACUCUUUAAAUGAGUUGUGCAAUGACAUGCAAGUCACCUUUAUUCAAGAGAAGACAAGAUCAAUAAGUCAUUAGACUAUAAAGUUCCAGUUAAAAAGACAAGUCACAAUCUAAUCAGUGACUCUAAAUGAAAAUAUACCUAAUGAACUGUAUAUAUUAAAAUUCCAAUCACUUGUGAUUCUUAGUUAAUAUUUUAUAAGCUUUGUAUUUUACAAGGGCCUCUAUUUUUAGUUAUCCCAAAUUAUUCUGUUUGUCCAUUCAUCUCAGCAUUUUGCAAAAAUAUGCAAGUGUUGAAAUUUGGACAAAGUUGGUCAUAUGCACAGGGGGAAAAAAAACCCUGAGAGAUAUCUUUUAAGAAGGAUUUAGUAGUUUCAAUUUUUUACAAAAACACUAUGUAACCACAACAUGAGUAUAUUUUAAAGAGGGAUUGAAUUGGAAAUAAAUGGAUUCAUAAAAUUUCUAUUUAAAUACAGUAUUUGCUUUUGCAGUUGGAAUAUGAUUCCACAACCAGCUGUUGCAAUUCAUUUCACUUUUCUAGAUUACUCUUUAAUUUAUAGUUAAUCAGGAACUCCAUCUUCACUGUCCUCCAUCCAUCUUCAUCUGUUUCUGAACAUGCCAUUAAGUGUUGUCCACGAAUGGAAGGCUUCAGCUUACCUGCUCCCUGGUUUGAGAAAAAAGUCAGCACUACCCCUCUGCUAACAACAGGAAACAAAUGAAAUUAAUUUUUACAACUAGAAUCAAUUUGUCAUGUCAUGACCAGUAAGCAAAGUGAUGUUUGGAUAAGAAACAAAGUUUACAUUACAUUUGACUAAAUAAGAGAGAAGGCUCAAGGACUCCUUGAAGUGCUAUUUGGUUUUUUUGCUCCCCCUGGGAGAGUGUCCAUAAUGAUACUCUUAGGUAAAGCUUAGAUAACAGAUUUUCUGACAUCUUAUAGGGGAGGCUCUGGUGCACACAAUGAUGAGAAACUACAUUCUCCUUCUUUUCCUCAUACAUUUCACAUACAAAGAAACAGAAAUAAAUAAAAAUUAUGAGGGAAAUCUUAUUUCCCAUUUUUGAUGAACAGAUUUUGAUGAAUAGAUAUCUUAAGAUAGUGGCCUAAUUUGAUCAGUGCCCAUUGACGGUACUAGAAUAUAUAUAGCAUAUAGAAGAGUAUAGCCAUUUUUUCCCUGCAAGUUUAGUUGCUAGCCUAAUCAAACUGUAAAUAUUACAAUGUAAACUCUGAACCCCAACUUAUUAUUUGAUGCCUUGUGUUCCUUUUUCUUAUUGUUAGUUUUUAAGGUUUUGUUUUAUUAUUUUUAUAUUGCUAAGUAACCAAUGGAUUUAAGUUUGAAGAAGAGCUAGAGAAAGUUUAAGUUUUACUACAUGUAUUCAGAUCACUUAGACACUAAAGCAUGCAAGAUAUGGGUUAUAGUUAAUAACUACUAUCUAAAACUCACAGUUGAAGAAAACAUUUAAUGUUACACAAAUAAUAAUUGUCAACUAAGUAUAUUUAGCUGUUGCUUUGGCAACAAAACCACAACAUGGCUACCUUUAGACAUUUGUUUGUCUGUGUGAAAUUUUUAUCUGUAAACUAUAUAUGUGGUUUGUUACAGUAUGAACAUGUAGAAGAUACAGCUCAAAAUUCAGAAAACAGAUAUAGUGAUUUUAAAAAAAUGAUUCCUAAGUCUCAUGUGAAAAUUAGUUUUGUGUCCUAUGUGAUGUUUCGGUCAAAAAGUUCAUAGUGUAUGGAUUCUAGAGUCAGGCCUUAUGGUUUAUGGAAUUUGUUGUAUAAACAGGGUUAUUCCACAGUAUUUUGAACUCAGUCACACCCAUUGCAUAGAUAACAUAUUACCUGACCCUUUUCUCAUAACUUUGUUCAAAAUUACCUAUUCAUAUGGCAUAUGUGUAGUUGUAAAAAAAAAAGAGUAUAUUUUAUAGAAUUACAUCCACAAUUAUAUGUAAGGAUCAAAGUAUGAUUAAAACAUCCUAAAGUGAUCUCAUAUUUGUGAAACGAUUCAUAAAGAUACUGUGGAAUUAUCACCUUAACAGUGUUUAUGAGACAUAUGCUGCAGUUACCUGAUUGUCUCAGUUAGGGUGCGAAUGUGUGAGACACACCUUUUUUGCACUUAUGUACAUAGUCCAUGAAAACAAUCCUUGGAGCUUGUUUUUAAAUAUAAGAACUCUGUGAUAAAAGUGGAAAAGUAAGUGAGAGAGUGAUUUCUUAAGGCUUAGAAAAGGAAGCAAUUUUACUCUAAAGCAUGGAGUUGCAUUGCUGUUGUGGAGGCGUUCCUGUUAGCUACAACUCACCAAAAGAGAACUCUGGAAACACUUGACAGGUUAACAACACGGAAGCAGAGCACAAGUACAUCUUUUAGCAAGACCACCAGCAAAGAUUGUUUGCUUUGAAAAUUAACCCCUAUAAGCACAUAUACAACACACACACACACACACACACACACACACACACACACACACACCUGGUAGGUUUUUGGCAAAGGUUUUAUAUCAGUGAAAUACUUAAAUUGCAAGAUGUUUGUUCUCAUUAAAGUCAAUCACAUUUCCCCUUUCAAAGAAAUAUAUUGCUAUAUGCAUCAGCUAAUAAUGGCUAUCAAUUAGCAUGUAUUCAACAAAUUCCUCUAACAUGCAGAAGCUCAAAACAAAGUGGCAAAUAUUGAAAGAUUUCACUUACCAUUUCAUAUGGCCAGUCCAGGGCAGUUUAUCCCCUUCAACAAAGGAAAACAUGCUACUGGUGUGAUGUAAGGAAAGGCAUUAUUUACCUUACAGCUGCUCAGUGGUAGCUGUUUUCUGACUUACCUGUAGCAGAUUAUAAACUACUUCAUUUUCAUUGUGCCACUUCGACCUCUCAAUGUUGUUUAAAUGAAGCAGAAGAUAACCAGCCCAAAUCUUGCAUAACAAAGGAGCUGCAAGCAAAUGUUUGAGUCUGAACAUCUUUGCCAGUUUGGGCUUCACUCCACCUACAGAUAGCCCUUGAGCUUUCUUUUCAUCCCCAGGCAAUGAGGUCUAGGAAAAAAAUGUAAGUUAAAAAGAUAAACAGUUGAUCCCCAUACUGCUUUUGAGUCCUUCAUAUCUUCAGGCUGGUAGCUCUUGCCCUGUAGUAGGAACCCAUCCUGGAACUGGGCACUUGGUAAUGAGCCAUUGCUACACAGUUCUGCUAGCUUUCACUCCAGAGUCAGAAAACUAGCACUGCAGCUCUCCCUCACAAAAACCUGGGUCCCAGCCCCAGCACCAAAACAAGAAAAGAAACCGAAAAGUAAGCCAAAGCCAGAAAGCAACCCAAGCCUUAUAGUUAUCCAAUAGCUCAGGACCAGUUGGCUAGAAAUUUCGUUUCCCCUUCAGUUCAUAAGCAUUUAGACUCAGUCUGACAAUUUGACUAGCCUUUCCAUUCAUAUAAAAUAGAAGUAGGGUGGUGGUGUGGU